AUGGCGCCUCCAGUGGUCCGCGUGGGCAUUGCGGCCGUGAUUCAUGACCCCAGCACCAACAAAAUGAUCUUUGGAACGAGAAGAGGCUCUCACGGCAGUGGCACCAUCCAAUUCCCUGGUGGACAUCUUGAUAUGGGCGAGACUUGGUUCGCCUGCGCUGAACGAGAAACAUUCGAAGAGACGGGUUUGGUGGUCAAGGCAAAGAAGCUGCUGGCCGCGACCAAUGAUGUGUUCGAGCAGGAGAACAAGCACUAUAUUACCUUGUUCAUACUCUGUGAGAGAGUUGAUGAUCAAGAGCCACUCGUCUUGGAGCCCGAGAAAUGCGAAGGGUGGUUUUGGAAGAGCUGGUCUGACGUCAGGGACCUGAUGAGUGGGGGUAGCGGCGGCAAUGGGAGCGGGAGCGGUCAGCAAAGGGGACAAAAGUUUUUUCUGCCGAUAAUGAACCUGCUCAGGGAUCAUCCCGAUAUCGAGAGCCUGAUGUAG